GCAUUCUGACAAGCUAGAAGAGGCAAAAGACUUGUACGAAAAGGCUGCAAACUCUUUUAAGAUCGCAAAGAAAUGGGAUGAGGCUGGUGAUGCUUUUUGCAAAGCUGCAAAACUAUGUAUUGAUAAUAAAACUAAUCACGAGGCUGCUGCUCAUUAUUCUAAAGCUGCCACGGCAUACAAGAAGUCUAGUCCUGAAAAAGCCAUAAAGGUCCUUAAGGACGCCAUUGAAAUUUAUACAGAAAUGGGACGCUUCAGUAUAGCUGCUAAGCAACAUAUGUCUAUUGCUGAAAUUUACGAGCAAGACCUUUAUGACAUAGAACAAUCGAUUAAACAUUAUGAACUUGCUUCCGAAUAUUAUAAAGGUGAAGAUUCUAAUAGCUCCGCGAUGAAAUGCCAAUUAAAAGUGGCUCAUUUUUCAGCCACAUUGGGGCAAUAUGAUAAAGCUGCCGUCUUAUUCGAAGAGGCUGGAAAGGCUUCGUCUGAAAACAAACUUUUGCGUUAUGGUGCAAAGGAACAUUUUUUCAAGGCGGUGAUUUGCCAAUUUUGCAUUGAUCUAAUCAAUGGUCAAAAAGCUCUGAAAAUCUAUGAAGAAAAUUAUCAAAUGUUCGCAGAUUCUCGGGAAUGUACCUUGUUAAAGAAAAUAUCCGAGGCUCUUGAGAAUGAAAAUAUUGAGGCCUUCACUACCGCGCUUACCGAAUACGACACUUUGACUCGCCUUGAACCGUGGACCACUAGUCUCUUUCUUAAGAUCAAGCGUACCAUUAGUGGAGAUGAAGAUCUCACUUGA